UUGAAGUCGGAUUCUCUUAGUCCCGCAGUUAUCUUUUCCUACGUCUUUGAAAGAUGAAUUCUACUUCACGUCUUCCCUUGAUCUUAAGGAACAGCGGAUAGGAAAAGACAUAGGAUGGCCGAUUGGAACGCAACCCGAGACAUCGGAACAGCCCUUCGGCGGGAUUCGAUGACGUAGCAUUCUUGAAAUGCAUCCUUUAAAGGAUGCAUCCUCUUGACGUUAAGAAACACUGAAUAUGUAGCGGAAAGGCGUCGUUCGACUUAGAGAGGUCUGCGUGAAGUCGAAAACUUAUUAUAAAUAAAUAAAUAAAUAAAAAUUUAAAAAAAAAACACCCAAGGCGUGUCAUCAUGAUGCGACAGGCAUUAUGAUUCCGCCCUACUGCUAAACGAAGGCUGCCGGAACAGUUUUAAGACUCAAACACGUCAGUACAGAUGGAGCAGUACUCGGGAUUAUAUAAAGAGCCGACCGAUGCUACGAAACAGCAGGAAAGGCAUUAUUAUCUCCUGUCUGAGCUUCAAAUACUGGUCAAAGAUUUACCAAGCUGGUUUCAACAGCGGUUGUCGUAUACGACACUGAGUGAUUUGGCCCAAGCGCUCAUAGAUGGCACUGUGUAUGAGAUUGUCCAGGGUUUACUGGACAUCCAGCACCUGACCGAGAAAAAUCUGUACAACCAAAGGCAGAAAUUACAUACUGAACAUAGAGUUCUCAAGCACGAGCUGAUACGGAAACAGAAAGUGGCUCUGCAGACCUGCAAAUCACAUAAUCUUGCUGUACUAAAAGCAAGUCAGCGUGCUGAAACAGAGGGUCUGGAUCAGCGUGUGAAAGAUGAGCAGCGAUUGAUGGAUGAGAAGAUUGUGGCAGAAAUGGAUCAGAAGGUCUUGGACCAACAGAACACACUUGAGAAAGCUGGAGUCCCUGGUUUCUACAUCACCAGCAUCCCACAGGAAGUGACAAUGCAGAUGAACUUGCUUGAGUUGAUCCUGAAGUUACAACAAAAAGAGUCUCAGUCUGGAACUCUGCUUUGAGUGACCGAAACCCUAUUUUGUUUAAGUUGUCUACAUAUUAGGCUGCCUCUUGUCAGCAUGUGGACUGGACCAGCAGGAAUUAUCCCUAAGUUUGGUCAUGAAAGUUGUAUUGGUCAUGGGAGUGCAGAGUGCUUGGUAAGAAAUAUUAGCUGCCCUGAAAAAUAUAUUCACUUUACGUGUAUAAUGUAUUGUCUUAUCCAAGCACCAAACAAAUGAUAACUGGGGAGUACUACUUAUUUUACCCAGGUGGUAUCUGAUGCACAAUGAGUAGACAAUGAUGCACCAGAAGCUUUUGACUAUUAUGUUCUUUAGUUCUGCCAUAUUAAAUAUCAGUAUGACAAGACUUUUCAUCGUCAAAAAUGCAUGCUGACACGUGAGAAAAUAAAGCUCAAAUACCUUGGA